AUGCAUCCCUCAACCCUCCUCACCACCACCGCUCUCGCCGCUGCCGCCGUAAUGGCCGCCCCAGUGCCUAACACAUCGAUUCCCGAUGUUGUAGCCCUGGCGGAAAGCAAGAGACAGCUACUAUACCCGGUGGAGCUUUGUGCCGAGAGUGGAUGCGGAGCCCCCCGUAUUGAGACGUAUAAUGAGAAGAAGCACCAUGGUCAUGAUGAUGAUGAGCACUACGAGGAGAAACAUCAUGAGAAGGAGCAUCAUGGUGAGGAAGAGGAGGAGGAGCAUCAUGACGAUGAGCAUCAUGAGGAAGAGCACCAUGAGGAAGAGCACCAUGAGAAGGAGCACCAUGAGGGUAAGGAAGAGCACGAGGAACACGGAGAGCAUGAGCAUCACGAGGGGGAGCACCAUGAGGCUGAAGAGGAUCACGAAAAGCAUGGAGAGCAUAAGGAGCACGAGGAGGAUCACCAUGGGGAGCACCACGAGGGUAAGGGAGAGCAUGAGCAUCAUGAGGAGCACGAGAAGGAACACCAUGAGGAGCACCACGAGGGCAAGGGAGAGCACGAGCAUCACGAGGAGGAUCACCACGAGGGUAAGGGGGAGCAUGAGGAACAUGGAGAGCAUGAGCACUACGAAGAAGAGCACCAUGACGAGGAGCACCACGGGGAUGAAUACAAGAAAGACUACAAGGGCCACCACGAAGAUGAAGACGCGAAGAAGUACGAGCGCGAGCUCACAAAGCUCGAGGCGAGAGGAGGAAGAAAGGGCCUUGUCUGUACCGGCUUGUAG